AUGCGCAUCAAGCGAAUGAUUUUCAGAUGGCAACUGCUAAUCCUGGCGGCGGUAGCCGCGACUGCCAUGCCUCAAGCUGAGCCAUUCCGAUGUGUUAUGUAUCUUACAGGACAACAUGAUAUCGUCCCAGCAAAAAGCGCACUCCACGACGUCUCGCAUGUCAUUUUGGCAUUCAUGCGCUCCGAGACCUUCAAUGUUGACGACAAACCUGACGACUACCCGCUCUUCACCUGUGUUCCCGAUGUCCGCAACAGGUUCCCUGGCGCCACGAAAGUAAUGGUAGCUAUUGGAGGCUGGGGUGAUACUCAAGGUUUUGAGGAAGCGGCCAAGAACGAAACCACGCGGAAGCGGUGGGCGUGCCAGGUUGCGGCAAUGGUCACUGCGACGGGCGCUGAUGGCAUCGACAUUGACUGGGAGUAUCCCGGAGGCAACCGUGAUGAUUACAAGCAAAUUCCCAACUCUCAGCGCGAAUGGGAAAUCAAUGCAUUUGUAUCGCUCCUCCAGGAAUUGCGUACCGCUAUUGGCCCCGACAAGCUUCUGUCAGCGGCUGUUCCGGGCAAAGAGGUUGAUUUGAUGGCCUUUACGCCCGCUACCGUCACAAAGAUCAUGAAAGAAGUCGACUUCCUCAAUAUCAUGACAUACGACCUGAUGAACCGCCGGGAUAUCGUGACCAAGCAUCACAGCGGUGUCUCGGAUUCUCGAGACUCAAUCCAGCGUUAUAUCGACCGAGGCGCAUCGCCGAGUCAGCUCAAUCUUGGGUUUGGAUACUAUGUCAAAUGGUUCAUGACCCAAAGGUGCUCACAGGGAGAGCUUCUUGGGUGCUCUACUCAAUUGCUUGAGGAUCCCAAGACCGGAGCUGAUCUGGGCAAGACAGGCGGCUUUAGCUGGCACGACGAUAUUCCCCAGGACGUAUCUACAUCUUUUGAACGUGCGAGAACGGCUGGGAAGUAUGAUGGGGACGGAAGCUAUUUUUAUUGGGACGAGAAGGAGUGGCGAUGGUGGACACAAAGUUUAGCCAUGUCGUGCCGGAGCUCGGAGUUCGGGGGAGUUUUUGCCUGGGGCAUUGGAGAAGAUGCGCCCUCAUUUGAGCAUUUCAAAGUCACGGCCGAGGAAGUUCACAAGAUCCGGAAGGGCCAUGCAGUUGAGCACGACUACAUGGAAGAUGGAGACAGGGACGAGUUGUAA